GUUUAAAGUAGAAGAAAUGAGUCUCACAUUUUCCAACCCCAACAUUAAAAUAAGAUUUACAUUUGAUAUAGUAAAAAUGGGCACUUCUGCAUGUGUACUUUCACUCUUUUACUUCCACUAACGUUAGUUGCGAAUACUUUUACUUAACAAAACUUUAAUUCAAGUAACAUUCUGAAUUAUUUGUACGUGUACCUGUAAUAGCGUAGUAUAAAGGUUUUAAAACAUCUUCCACCUCUAAGUGAGCGUUCACGAAACCCAGAGGACAAGUGUUUUAAACACAUCGCCAUCAUUAUUAAACAUUUAACUGAACGGUGUAAGUGUAUGUACUGUACAGCCGUUAGACGUGUUUCACCCAUUGCUGUUUGCUGCCACCUGGUGGUCAAACAUGUGUCACGCUGAAUGCUGCUCACUUCCUAUUGGCUGAUGAAACGUGACGCGACGCGACCGAUCCCGGAAGUGGAACUAUCGCUGGCUUUCGGUUUAGGUCAAUGUGACCAAACUACCAGUGUCUUAAAGUUGUUUUCUCUUUUAACAGGUCCAGACAUGGCUGACUUCCCCAUAAGCCCGCUGGUGUUGAUUGGAGCCGGCUCCAGCCUGGCCUUCUCUCGCCUUUUCUAUCAUUUAUACCAAGAGAAGAAAACGGAACUGAAAAAGCUGAAGGAAAUACCAGUUUUCAAGCCAGAUCAACAUUUGCUCAGAGUGCUGAGAGCGUCUCCCCACAAGAGACUGCAGUACGUUGCAGUAGAAGGCCUGGUGCAGGCGGACGGGGAGCCUCUGGCCAGCCAGUUUGUCCCACGAUGCUUUGGUGUGAUUCAGAAGAUCACCGUGGAGGAGCAAUGGAAAUACUGGAACUCCUUCACCAACACAUGGAAUUCUCAGACAAAGAACCGAAAAGAAAGCAACAACUCGGUGCCGUUCAGCCUGGUCAGCCCCGGCGCCUACGUCACCGAUUUCUCCGUGAAGAUCCAGAACCCUCUGGAGGCCUCCGGGUCCUUCCUGGACAGGGUCCACUACAAAGUGAGGCGUGCCGAGGACGGCUUGAAGAACAUGCUGCUGCAGAGCCUCAGCGGGGAGAAGCCGGUGGCGAUGGAGGAGAGCGAGGAGAUGCUGCGGUCGGGGAGCCCCCUGACGGGUUUCGGUGAGCUGGUGCUGGAGGGCGGUCAGGUGAUGAGGCUGCAGGCCCCGCGGGACGGCCGCAAGUACAUCCUGGUUCCCAGCGACCACGGGAGCUUCAUGGACCGGCACGAGCGGUCGGCCAGCAUGUGGAAGACGCUGUCGGCCGCGACCGGCAUCACGGGGGCGUCUCUUCUCGCCGGCGCCAUUUACGGCCUGGCGAGGAAUCGGGACGACGGAUCGAAGUAGGCCCGGUCGAUGUGGACGCCGCGGGUUGAAGAGAGCCCCCACUGCCAUCAUGCAUAGAACCGCAUAGAACCAUCAUGAUGCGGAGACAAGUUAUAUUGGACCAAACAUUUUAACCAACUUUGUAAUUAUACAUUAUUCUGAACCCAGGGUGUCUACAGGAAUAAACAAGUGAAAUUUAAGACUUUUUAAGACCACGUUUAAAUAAAAUGUAAGACCUAACUUGUGAUGGAAAUACAAAUCAAAAGUGGAAAUAUACAUUAAUCUAAACACACUGAUGUCUAUUCAAAAUGAACAGUAUGGUGUAAUGCGAAAGGAUAACACAAAAAUGUCAUUACUAAUGUAAAUUAUAUUUAACGCAGCUUCAGAAGCAUUUCACCGACCGUGACCAGAAACACUCGUUCUUUUCAAGCCGUUGUUGAACUUGCAUCCUGCCAUGUUUUCUAAAGUAGUCGAUGCUUCACGUUGUAGGGGAUGGGACCGAAAACGCGGGGCCCCUUUAAGAGAAGGGGCGUGGCCCCGGUGACACCAGAGACUGCUUAGACCUGGCGGAACAGAUUGCCUCAUAUUCGCAGUGACAUGACACCCAAAAAAUGUACGACCAAUCCAAUCUGAAUUUAAGACAAUUUAAGACUUUUUAAGGCCUUAUUUUUUGGAAAAGCAAUUUAAGACUUUUUAAGACUAAGGACCCACGGACACCCUGUGAACCACAUUGUCAGUAUAUUUUUAAAGCUCUCUACACACCUGGCAGUGUGUGUUUAGGCCUGAAGAGAACCCACUUUAUAGGCCGGGGGAGGGGUGAAUGGACCGGGGGAGGGGUGAAUGGCGCCCUCAAGUUGUUGACAAACAAAUGAGCUCGAGACCCGACCAUGUGACCUGAACCAUGUGGUAUCUGUUCUGCAGCCAUUGGGCCAGUGUAAGUAUUCUCAGGAGCAUGAGGAAGUGACCUCAUUUGAUGCCGGCUAUUUGACGUCAAGUCAAAGCUACUUUAUCAAGGGAACAUUUUAUUUUCAUAAUUACAUUUUGUUUCUAUAAAUAAAGAUGAAAUCAGAAAGUUUAA